CCUCAGGAGUAGCUACGUCAAAGAUGGAUAAUAGAUGCCACUGUACGACUAACAGCGACAGGCUUUUGAAUCCUAUCCUCUACAAGAUCCUGAGUCAAAUGGACAACAGCAGAGCGGGUCAAGACGCCUUCAAUCCCUCACCUUCAGGUCCUCACAAAUGCAACUGUGAGAUGAGACGGAGAGUGUGCCUGAAAAGGCCAUCUGUUGUCUGCAAAGAAGCUUCUGCGGUUCUGGUAAAAACUAUUCAUUUCAUGAAGAACCUGCCGGCUUUUAACCAGCUCCCAAGGAGUGACCAGUUUGCACUCCUUGAAAGCUGCUGGGCACCUCUUUUCAUACUGGGUUUGGCCCAGGAACACGUGGACUUUGAGGUGAUGGACAUCCCCACUGACAGCAUGCUGAAGAAGAUUCUCCUGAACCACCAGGGGAGCCCUGAACUGGAAAGAGAGCAGCCCACCAUGGCAGGGGUCAGCAAACUCAAGUCCUGUCUUAAAAAGUUCUGGGCUCUGGAUCUGAGCCCAAAGGAGUACGCAUACCUGAAAGGGACCACGAUAUUUAACCCAGAUGUUCCAGAUUUAAAGGCAGGCCUUUUUGUGGAAGGCUUGCAGCAGGAAGCUCAGCAUGCCCUGAGGGAGGUGGUCCAGCUGCUUCACCCGGAUCACCAGGAGUGCUUUGCUCGAAUCCUCCUCACAGCCUCCAUGCUUCAGGGCAUCACACCCAGCCUCAUCACUGAAUUGUUCUUCCGGCCGGUGAUAGGCCAGGCUAACCUGCUGGAGCUGCUGGUCGACAUGCUCUUCUACAGAUAG